AUGUCGGGAGCCAUGAGCAAGCGCCAGGCGGCGCGCAAUGAGAAAGUCUUGCAAGAGCUUGUUCAGACCGUUCCCGGCAACAACUUUUGCGCCGAUUGUUCAGCCCGGAAUCCAUCUUGGGCAUCAUGGAGUUUGGGCAUCUUUUUGUGCAUGCGGUGCGCUACCCUGCACCGCAAGAUGGGGACACACGUGUCCAAGGUCAAGUCGCUAAGCAUGGACAGUUGGACCAACGAACAAGUCGAUAACAUGAAGAAGGUCGGCAAUGUUGUUUCGAACAAGAUCUACAACCCCGACAACAAGAAGCCUUCCAUCCCCGUCGACGUCGAAGAGGCCGACAGCGUUAUGGAGCGAUAUAUCCGCUCAAAGUACAUGAAUCGGACCUUGGCCGCGGCCAAGAAGCACCACACCGGCAGCAGUGAAGAUACCCCUCCUCCGCUCCCACCAAAGACCCCAAGCCGAUUUGGCCUCCGUUCUGCCUCGUCGAUAUUUCCACUGGGCUCCAAGAAGAAGUCGAGUCCAGGCCGCGAACCGACUAGUCCUCGUGAUGACCGAUCUCACCCUCCACUUCGAAACAAGGGGUCUGCUGUGUUUGGCGUAAGCUUUUCGGCUGAACCGGACAAGGUGGAGGAUACGGAGCAAAAGUUGACCAAACUCCGGGAUAUGGGUUUCACGGAUGAAAGCAGGAAUGCGAUGGUUUUGAAGGGCGUGGGUGGAAACUUGGAGAAAGCGAUUGAGGCCUUGGUACGGUUAGGAGAGGGCAGUGGAAGAGCACCCGGAGGCCUGUUGCAGCCAGUACGGACGUCAUCGAUGCCAUUGGGCAGGAAUUUGACGACAGGAACACCAACUUCGGCACGUCCGAUCAGUCCAGCAAGUACAAACCCGUUCGACAUGCUCGACACGCCGCCGCCACCACAGCCUUUGUCUUCGCAAUCAACAGGGACUUUGCAGAACAAGAAUCCGUAUCUACCGACGAAUCCUUUCGGUGCUCCCCAGCAGGCUCAACCAGCACCAUCAGCUUUCGAUUUGGCUUUCCAGAACUUAUCACUAGCUCCUCCUCAGCAGCCAUUAUUCCCGAAUCAUACAGGCGGUCUACUUCCUCAACAGCAGCAGCAACAGGUACAGCAGACCCAAGCGAUCUAUCAACAGCAGCCGAUGACGGCUCCACUUGGGGGUCCUUUCAUUGGUAUGGUAUCGCCUGGGGAGCAGCCUUAUGGCCAGGUGGGAGUGUAUGGUAGCCAAACAUAUCCCCAGCCGCAACCUCUGCAACCCCAGUCAACCGGAUACAAUCCCUUUUUCCAGAACCAGCAGCCUCAACAGCAGCCAUUGUCUGUCAAUACUACUGGUUUCAACGGGAACUACGGGAACAACCCCUUUACCAAGUCACCAACCCGUCUCCAGUCACCAAUGCUCAGUCAGAUUCCCGAACAGACGCAGCAAAAUUUCUACGCGACCCAGCCUCAACAGCAACUGCAGCAGUCGAAUCCCUUCUUCUCUCAACAACCCAACGCUCUGCAGCAACCACAACAGCAGCAGCAGCAGCAGCAGCAGCAGUACGGACAGCUCUCACCCAUGUUGCAAGUACCCCAGCAACAAGUACCACAACAGAUGGGUCUCCCGCCCCAAGUGACCGGUUACUUCGCCCAGCACCAACCACAACAGCAGCAGCAGCAACUUACAUAUCAGCAGCAAAUGCCCGUGCAACAGCAAAGACCAGACAAGGCCUCCAUCCUGGCUCUCUACGGCCAACAGCCCCAGGUAUCGGCAAACCCAUAUGGAGCUCCUCAGGACAUAGCACAGGCCACACCAGUCCAAACACCCAACUCGCUUUACCCACCGUCUCAGCAGCCCCAGCAACAGCAGGCAGUGCCCACGCCCGUUAGUCCCGCGGCGACGGGCAGCAAGAACCCGUUUGUGAUGAGCAUGGGCGGUGCGGCAGCACCAGCAGCAGCUGCUGCUGCUCCUCAGCAAGAGCCAAAGCUGCACAAUGUCAGCAGGGAGAGCAUGAUGGCUGUUGGGUUGGAGUGGACUAAUGGCCGGCAUAGCCCGGAUGCGUUUUCGGGGUUGAGUGCCAGGGGGCGGUAA